AUGGAAUUACCAGACUUGGGUCGUCAUUGUGCCGAUUCUUCUUGCAAACAAUUAGAUUACCUUCCUUUCAAAUGUCAAUAUUGUAAACGAGAAUAUUGCAACGAACAUUCGAAUCCAAAAGUUCAUAAUUGUCCGAAUGCACCCAGCGACGAUGGAGAGCGAGUACCUGUUUGUCCUGUGUGCAAUGUUCCUGUUCCUGUUAGCCGUGGAGAGGAUCCAAAUAUUAGAAUGAACUUACAUAUAUCUAACGACUGUCGACCUCCGUCAAAAACAACUUCUUCUAAACCGUUUAAUGCAUGUUUUUUUGGAAAAUGUAAAACAAGAAGUCCUCUUCCUCUGGUUUGCUCAGGCUGUGGCAAAAAUUAUUGCAUCAAGCAUCGUUUGGAACUUGACCAUAAUUGCGAUAAGGUGAAAAAGGACAAUAAGGUGUCCAAUUUUUCAAAAUUAGAAGCUCUAGCAUCAAGGCCUUCGACAGCAAAUGCGUCAAAGUUGGUGUCAACAUCGAAACCAAAACCUGUAGCUUCAGCAAAACCUAUAACAACUUCGAAAAAUUCCAUUAAAAACUGGAUGGGAAAACUUUUUAAAUAA